GUUGUGUCUAGGUGUGGGGGAGGGGCGGAGACUGUGGUGGCUUACGAUACGAGUUAUCAUAGUCAAGUUAACACCUCUGUAAUUUGGUAAUAAAAAGUGGACUAACCUCAUAAGGACCAGGAAAGUGACAGAGAAAACAGUGACGGAUUUUUUGGUGUAACUCUCUGCCUGACUGUGAAAUAGAACAAGGUGGUGUGGGCUAACUCAGGUGUUUUAAGUGUGUUUAGAGUGAAAGUUGGUUUAAAAAUUCUGAAACGGCCAGAACAAUGCAGUGUGUGACGGGUUGUGUCAUAAAACCUCUGUUUUAUUUUGUGUGUGUUGCGUAAAUUUGAAAAUGAACAAUUUGAAUGAGUGACUCAGUGAUUUACAGUGUCUUCGGAUAACUUAUGACACAAACAUGUUGGUGAGGCAGAUCGUGGCCAGUGUUACGCUGGCGGUACUGUUAGUGGCCUGGACUGCUGGGGCAUGUUGGCCGGGCUACGUGGAACAGGCCGCCGAGCAGGCCGACCUGGUGCUCACUGCCAAGGUCACCUAUCUUGGAUCACGCAGCGGUAACAACAGAAACAAGGUUUAUGAUCUGGUCAGGAUCCAGGCCAAGGAGUUUCUGAAGGGGGACGUACUGUACCAGGACUACCUGAGGACUUUAACUGAAGGAUUGCCGGAAGAGGAAGCCACGAUGCUUGAGGAUCCUCUUGACGGUAUUUCUGACCUCCCUCAACAGGGGUCAUUGACCUUAGAUAAUACUUUAGGCGUGGGCGGGGUCACAGACCAUGGUACCUGUAGUGGUCGAGUGCGUGUGGGAGAUGUUCAGAUAUUCUUUCUGAGGAUUAAAACCAAGGAUGAGGUCAGGAAAGGUCACAGGGACGCGACCUUCCAAGUCACUUCUCAACCGAUCAAGAUCAACCUGGAUGUCCUCAGACUCACAAAGGCGGCUGUACAAGGUACACUUGGCAUUGAAAAUAUCGUCAUCCAGGGUUUACUAUUCACCUGUAUUGAGACACAGCGCUGUGAUAAAGAAUGA